AUGAGACGUUCAGACCCGAUUAAUAUUCAGUCGCUGCUGUGUUUAUUCCCAUUGUUGCUUGUGAUGAAUAUUGUUGAAUAUGUUGCAGAAGCGGUCCAAGGAUGUAGUGUAUUUUUCGCACCGGAUUUUAAAUGGAAAAAAGCAAUUUGUGAUUCAGAUUCUGCUCGCCUCACCAACAUCCCACAUGAUUUGCCUACCAAUCUUAUCGAUUUGCGUGUGAAACAACAGCUGAUCCCACUGAUCUCCAACAAAGGACUAGCACAGCUGACUAAUUUGGAAACGUUACAAAUUGAAUCGUCCGGUGUUCUUCGGGUAACAAUGGAUGCAUUUCGCUCUCUAACCAACCUUAAGUACCUGAAUUUGCAGAACAACUCACUCCAUCUGGGAAUAAAUGGACUUCCUAAAGAAGCGUUACGAAGCCUGCCCCAGCUUAGGACCUUGAAUCUAGCUGAGAACCCUAUUGAUUUAGUUCCGGACUCUUUUUUCGUACUGAGCGGAGGAAGUCAGUUGCAAAAUUUGUUACUGGGUCCAACAAAGGGCGUGUCCAUGUACAUUGAUCCGGGAGCGUUCAUGUCACUGCGCAAACUACGUUUACUCGACUUGAGUUUCAGUAAAAUAACAUCUCUGCCGUCCAAUAUGCAAUACACUUUGGACGCGAUGUCGGAACUUAACGAACUUUACCUUGGCGGAAAUCCUUGGCAUUGUGACUGCAAAUUACGAUGGUUAAACAGGUGGUUCAAGAAAAGAGCCAAGUCAAACAUUAGGCUCACGAAAUCAGUGCAGAAUCAUCAUGGUCAGGUACUUAAUUUCGAGCCACUUUGUACCACACCUGAUGUGCUAAGAGACAAGCCGAUUUUCAGUCCCGAUUUGACGGACCACAGCUUCCAGUGUACUCCGAAGAUAAUCACCGAGAGUCAGAAUGUGUCCGUCCGGGCCGGUGAGACAUCGACCUUGUCUUGCGAGUUCUAUGCCGAUCCAGUUAGUCCCGUAUCUUGGUUCAAGAAUGGUCAGCAAGUUCAGAAUGGCACGCGACACAGUAUAAUUCAACGGACCACUGAGGAAACCUUUGUUUCAGAUAUUCAAGUAACAUUUGAUCCUUCAGACGACAACGCAGAAUGGAGCUGUGCUAUUUACAGCAACGAUAGACCUGUGGGCGCAACAUUUCUAUUGACGGUUAAACCAGGUGUGUUUACCAUUCAACAGAGUUGGAUUUAUGCUGGAAUCGGGUCCGGAAUUUUAUUCGUCCUGUUGACUGCUUUUGGUGCAUGUAUAUUUUAUUGCUGCGAUCCUCGACAUCGUCCAGAUCAGACAAUAAAUAAAUGGAUGGGCAAAAGUUCAAAGACCGAUCGACUUUCAAGCUGUUACGGCUGUCACAAACCUGGGAUACUAUUCACGAACUCUAAGGAGUCUCCAGAAAGGAAGAAAAUGGGAGACGGCAAUGUGGUUGCGAAUUCACGAAGUCAACCAUUUUUCGACCCAAACGACCCACCAAAUUCUCCAAUCCGUCAAAUUUACUCAUCUACCACAACUGCAACACCCACUAUCGCACUUACUGCCACAUCGGUGGUACGGCUUAACCAUAAUGAUCCAAAGUUGACACCAUUAGGUGGUUCUUUGAUACACGAAACUGUUGCAACCGGUGAAAAUCGAUUCUUAGUUUCCUGUGAUGGACCCGAACCCACAGUUCUACUAGCAACGAGGAUAUCUGCGGAUAACGGCAUGGAGUCUCCACCAUCCAUUUACGGUUUGACUGGUCCACUGAGCUAUGGCUUUCCAUCACCCAUGAUUGCAACAUCGCAAGAGCAAUCCACUAGGAAUACACAAGAUCGUGCGUUCUCCGGACAUAUCCCAUAUUCACCCAUGCAAUCAGCACACAUUUAUGCCCGUGUAAAUCAUUCAUCAGACGUACGUGAUAACUGUACAGUAACCCGCCCGGGACUGCAGUAUACAUCCCCUUGCCCAGUACAUGGAAGUAUGUCAUUCGACCGUACCACUCUCCAAACGAAAGCAACCAGUGAAGAACGUAAUAGUAAUCUAAGGGAGGAUAGUGAAAAAAUUGUUAAGACCCCGACCUCUGCCGUAGGUACAGCAGCUUACAAAUUUGACAACAUUUACUCUUCCCCGAUCAAAUUGCCAUUGGGCAGUCACCAACAUUCCGGAACAACACAACUGUUUGCUUAUACCGAACGGUGCAUCUCACCUUAUUCCAAAAUCACAUUUAACCCUGCCUCAUUUGACCAUUCCAACCAUAACGAUUUCAAAUUCAGCCAUUCUCGAUCAAGCCUUACGGAGCACGAACCAAAAGUCAAUAAUGAGGACCGUAUAACUGACACCUUGAAGGCAUCGCAACGAGUUAGAUGUGAAAGGAUUUUAUCUUCUACUAACUAUCCACCAACUGUAGAAGUGUCAGACCGGCUAGAACAAGGAAAAGUGGGUAACUGUCCUGUUACUUUGUUUCAACCUUCGUUUUCUGGUCAGCAACAGAAAACUGGCACAUAUACCGGUCCUCACUCACUUGUAAAGGGUGUGCUACACACCAGCUUGCACGUCAAUCCAGAUUUGCACUCUGAGCCAAAUAAACAAUUUGCCAAUCGUCCAUGUCCCAGUCGAAUGCGACACAGCACUCACGAUAGUUCACACAGUAGUAGCAAAGAGCCUAGUGAGGAAAGUUGGAAUUCCCGUCAUUCCUCGGCCUCCAGUGAGAAUGGUUCUCCGACAACAGCCCUCAAACCAGACUGGUGGGCAAUAAACACACCUAGUCCGUUCAACCAGUCUGUGAAACCUAAAUCCUCCUGUGCUGUGCAUUAUCCUUCCUGGAAAGGAUAUAGUGGUGAACUGACUUCUCCCGACUCAGGAUCCACGCGAAGUGCUUAUUGCAUUUCCACCCUACCGUCUCGUUUUCGGAGACCUCUUGAUGUAUCAUCCCUCAUGCUGAAGUCCACUACCUCGAAUCGCGACGUUCGUCGUGGUAAUUCCUUUUCAACUCGCUCACGUCCCCUUAUUCGACCGGGUAGUAAACAUAAAUUGGACACGGACAGUGGGACGGAUUACAACGAAUAA